AUGAAUCGUGGUCGCUCGUUCACCCGGCCACAGUAAAAUUCUCCUCCCACUUUUCACUCCAGCCGUCGGAUCCGGUCGUUCUUUUUCCACUCGUUCAGCUUCCAAGAGAGUCCAUGACAUGUAGGACCAAAUACGUGCGGGGUCCAGCGGUCAGUGCGGGCCACAGGCGCCGGUCUGCGUCACCUUCCUUCUCCACGCGUGGUGAAAACCUAGACACCCAAUCCGUCGCCUCGCUCUCCUCCUCCCCAAUCCCCGCCUCCUCUCCUCGCCCCAAUCAGCCGCCUCCUCUCCCCCCCAAUCAGGUGCCUCCUCUGUGGCGUUGGUGGCGGCGGGUGGAGGUGAGGCGGGAGCGGGCGGAGACGGGAUCGCGCGGGGUGGAUCCACGGCGGCGGCGACUGGAGGCGCCGGGCGCGGCCGGAGACAGGCUGGCGCGGGGUGGAUCCGCUCCGGCGACGACGGGAGGCGAUGGGCUCGCGCGGGCGGAUCUGUGGCGGUGGCGACCGGAGGCGCCGGGCGCGGUCGAAGACGGGUCGGCACGGGGCGGAUCCGCUCCGCCGACGACCGGAGGCGAUGGGCGCGGCCGGAGACGGGCCAGCCGGAGAGCUGCAGCAGCGCAAGGUGGCCGCGCGGUGGAGCUGAUGGUACGGGUCUUAGCCGGCCGGACGUGGGCAUGGCGCAGCGCGGCUGAACGCGGGCCGAAGCGCCGCAGGGAGGAGGUGGCGGGGGGAUAGCUUGGGGCAUGGCGCGGCCAGGGUGGGCGGACGAGGCAGCCAGCGCGCAGCGGCGCGCACGUGAGCAGGGCGGACGAGGCUUCCUCAAAUCACUUCACGCUACAUCUUUUCCUCAAGAUAAAACAGGUUUGGCUCUCUUAAUUGGCAUUUAGCCACCGGAUCAGAUAGUGAAUGGCCUGGUCUCCAUGAUACAGGUUUGGCUCUCUCAAUUGACAUUUAGCUGCUGGACCAGAUGGUGAAUGGGCCUGGUCUCCAUGAUACAGAUUGUGUGGGAGAAAGGAUCCUUGUUGCAAGAAUGGGCAUCUUGUUAUCGUGCCCGGCUGACUCCUACGACCCAAUGGAAGAAUGCAUCCUCGAACCGUCGGCGAGCUCUGGCGGCCUCAGGGCCUUGAAUUCCAGCAAGCUGCUCAUACAGGGGUCGCUCAGUUUCAAAAGGGCACAGCUCGACGACAACUACCUCAGCUCUCUCCAGCGCCAUGAGGCAGGCUCUCAAGAUGAAGAACGGGAGGAGGAGCGCUGGCUCAGGGAAGCUGCAUAUAUUUUUCAUGGAUGCCUUUACAUAUUCUAUGUUUGGUUGUUUCAGCCUCAUUGUGGAGGAAGAGGUCGCGUCAAUGUGGAGACUAGGCGGACUCAAGUGGUCAUUGACUUGCCUCUGUACGCUAGCCAACACCCUAUCAAAUUGAGAAAUUUGAGUCGAGCUUGCGGGGGAGGGGAGCAACGGGCGCAGGGUACGCGAGCUCGCGGAUCCUGGAAUGUGUUCAAGGAGUGGAGCUUGCGCUCAGUGGGAUGGGCAUGCAGAUUUACAGUAGGAAGGCAUCAUAUCGUGGACAUAUUUUUGACUUGGCUGAGUAGGAAGCCUCGAGCGGCUGGUGGUGGUGUAAAAUGGUGCCCAGCGGCGCGCACAACGGGUGUACGAUGGGUGGCCUCGGCGCUGCCUGUGAGAUGUUCUCAUGGAGGAUGCCGUCUGGGCGAUGCCUGCCCACGCCCGUCGCUCGACCCUCGCUGCCGGACUCCCACGGGCUCCUCCCAGGCACCAUGGCGUUGGGGAUGCACAACCCAGGCACCGCAGACCAUGUGUGAAGACUGGAUGCGAGACCUCAUGCACUCGCUUGAGGGUGAGCUCAGCCGAUGCCUAGACGCCAAGUCUUUAAAAAUUCGUUGCUGUGUGGAUUAUAAAUGUAUGGGGUUUCUAUUGCCAUGCCUGCCACUCCGGUGCAGCUCCGGCACACGCUGGAUGGCCUUGUCCCUAAAGGUGGAUUGACCCUACCGUGGCUGAGGUGUACACCAUAGUGAAUUUUCUGGAGCUCUGCUUGAAUUUGAACACUCAGUUUGCUUCCCAUAUUUCUCUAAACUCCAGUAUAUCCAAAAAGAAGGAACCAAAUAUGCGGGAGAGUCUCAGAUUCUAAGAAGGGUUCUAGAGUUUCAUAUUGUUGUGUCCUGGCUCCACUUGCCCCCAUGCCAAAACCAUCGGUGUGGCAUGGGGGCAUCGACCUCUCACAAGGCAGGUUCCAUGGCCAUUCGUAGAGCUAACGGUGGGAGGAAGUGGUGUUCUGGCUGGGUUGCUAAUGCUUGUGAUGGGGUAAAUCUUAAGCUUACUCUCUGCAGAACUGUGUCUCGGUGAGUGUUGAUGAGUGUUGAUAUGUGGUUAGACUUGGUCUCUUUGUUGACACAUGGUACUAAGAUGGCUACGUGUCAGGGAGAUGUUAACAAGAAUCGAGAUAUUGAUUGGAAGCUGGAAGGUGCUUUGCUUGGACAAACAUUCCAGUUUGCUGGAUCCUAGAGGAGUACCUGAUGAAGCUGAACCCCUUGAAAGGGGAACUUCUUUGAAUUGCAUGGACAUGAAUGAACUGAUCCUGGGGUGUAUGUCUACUGAAUCUACAUCAUCUGUGCCCCUUCUGAAGAAAUGGCGUCAGGAGCUGGCCUGUGAAGCUUUAUUGGGAUGAUUGGCAAUACCUUGUGGCUCUGUAGGCUUAAUCCUGUAGCUACCUGAAAGUGUUGUUCCCUCUCGCCUGUUCCCAUUUUCUGGUUUUGGCUUUGUUACUGGAACGUGAUGAUGUGAAUGCUUUGCAUAUAAUGGAACUGGGGGAGAACCCCCCUUUAUCUAAAAAAGGGAUGUUAAAGAGGA